GCUCGUCGAAAUGCAGGCAGGCGGGCAGACCCCAGUUUUCGUCAUGAACACGACGCCCGAGCGGCAGUCUGGGCGCAAGGCUCAGAUUUCUAACAUUACUGCUGCAAAAACAGUCGCGGACGUUAUCCGAACAUGUCUGGGUCCGAAAGCGAUGCUGAAAAUGAUUCUCGACCCGAUGGGUGGUAUCUUACUGACCAACGAUGGGAAUGCGAUUCUGCGAGAAAUAGAUGUUGCACAUCCUGCAGCGAAGAACAUGAUUGAGUUGAGUCGGACACAAGACGAGGAGUGCGGUGACGGUACGACGAGUGUCAUCAUCCUAGCCGGCGAUAUCCUUGCGCAAUCGCUUGCACAGCUGGAACGUGACAUCCACCCUGUGGUCAUCAUCUCCGCAUACAACAAGGCGCUGAAGGAGGCCCUCGAGAUCGUCCAGCAAAUCUCAAUACCCAUUGAUACGUCCAACGAUGAGGCCAUGCUGUCGCUCAUCAAAACAUCAAUUGGAACCAAGUUCGUCUCGCGGUGGUCCGACCUGAUGUGCAAGCUCGCGCUGCAGGCCGUUCGGACGGUCGCGCUCGACGAAGAUGGCGUCAAGUCGGUCGACAUCAAGCGGUAUGCGCGCGUGGAAAAGAUCCCCGGCAGCGAGAUCGAGGAGAGCCGCGUCUUGUCAGGAGUUAUGCUCAACAAGGACAUCACCCACCCCAAGAUGCGCAGACGCAUCGUGAACCCACGGAUCGUGCUCCUCGACUGCCCACUCGAGUACAAGAAGGGCGAGUCGCAGACAAACAUUGAGAUCUCGAAGGAGGCGGAUUGGGCACGCAUUCAGGAGCUCGAGGAGGAGCAGGUGAAAUCGAUGGUGGACCGUAUCCUGGAGUUCAAGCCGGAUCUGGUUAUCACGGAGAAGGGCGUCUCAGAUUACGCUCAGCAUUUCCUGCACAAGGCGAAUAUCUCUGCCAUCCGUCGUGUACGCAAGUCGGAUAAUAACCGCAUCGCGCGCGCCGUCGGCGCGACGAUCGUCAAUCGCCUCGAGGACCUGCGCGAAUCUGACAUCGGCACAAAAUGUGGUCUCUUCAACACCGAAAAGAUCGGCGACGAGUACUUCACCUUCCUGACUGAGUGCACAACACCCAAGGCGUGUACAAUUCUCCUGCGCGGCCCGUCAAAAGACAUCCUGAACGAGAUCGACCGGAACCUUGCAGAUGCGAUGUCUGUCGCGCGUAACGUGUUCUUCAACCCGAUUCUUGCACCCGGCGGUGGCGCGACUGAGAUGGCAGUCAGCGUCGGCCUGCACGUCAAGGCGCGCAGCAUCCAAGGCGUCGAGGGCUGGCCGUUCCGUGCUGUCGCGGACGCGAUGGAGGUCAUUCCACGCACGCUUGUACAGAACAGCGGCGGGAACGCCAUCCGAGUGCUAACCGAGCUGAGGGCUAAGCACGCGAACGGCGAGCAUUCGUGGGGCAUCAACGGUGAGACGGGCAAGAUCGUCGACAUGAAGGAGUACGGCCUCUACGAGUCUGCGAGCGUCAAGAUUCAAACCUUCAAAACCGCCAUCGAGGCGGCGAGAGUGCUCCUCCGCGUAGACGACGUCGUGCAGGCGACAAGGAAGGAUCGCGAGCAGGGUGGCGGCGCUGCGCCUGUUCCGGAAGAGAUGCAAGAGUAAAACAAACUUAGACGUAAUGUAAUCAAAG